CCUGGGAAGUGGAAAGAGACCCCUUCUGCAUACAUCUCACUACCGACUCUGGAGCUGCAAGUAGGUUGCAUUGCAGAUGAAGGUCUGGGCAGGGGGGCCUCAUGGCCAGAAGCCCCUGCGGCUUCCCAGUCUCACCUCUCUCUCUCUCUCUCUCUCUCUGUCUGUCUACAGACUGUGUUGGUGCACAAGACACAGAGGGCCGGGAAAGUGUUUAAGGACAUUGGCAUUCCCGUCAUCGCAGCCAUCCUGAGCUCAGCUGCUCUCCUUGCACUGGCCUUCCUCAUCAAGGUGGCCAUUGAGUCCAACUAUUUCUUCUGUAGCCAGACUUUCCGGCUCAUCCCCCUCCCCCUCCUGUGUGACGGGCAGCUCGACUGUACCUGGGGAGAGGAUGAGACAGGCUGCGUGCAGCAAGUGCCCGAAGGCCCCCCAGCGGGAGUCCGGCUCUCCCGCCACGGAUCCAGCCUUCAAGUGCAGGACAAAGAGACGGGCACCUGGGCCUGGGCCUGCUACGAGGGCUUUGAGGCCCCCAUGGCGAAGGCAGCCUGCACCGAGAUGGGCUACCGCGGCAGCGCUCCUACCUUCCGUGCAGUGGUACCUGGCACCGCGAAGGGUCUGUCUCUCCGAGAAGUGGCCUUGCAAGGUGGCGAGCUUCACUGGAGAGACUCCGGAAGGCCGUGCCCGUCGGGCUUUGCUGUUUCUCUCACCUGCUCCAGUUGUGGCAAGAGUGCGAAAUUGCCACGGGUCGUGGGCGGUAACCCAGCCUCCACCAAGGCGUGGCCCUGGCAAGCCAGCCUGCAGUACAAAGGGCAGCAUGUCUGUGGUGGGAGCUUCAUUGAUGCCCAGUGGGUCUUGACUGCAGCCCACUGCUUCCGGAACCGCCUGGUGACCAAGGACUGGCAACUGCGCUGUGGCUCCGAAAUGUUCUCAGGCACCACCGUGGCUGUGGUGGAGAAGGUUUUUGUCCUCGACAUCAAGCACAUGUUCCCCAAAGACGAGGACAUUGCUCUGGUCAAAUUGCAGAGCCCUCUGAGGGACCCAGAGCCCGUGAGUCCAAUCUGCCUGCCCUUCUUUGAUGAGGAGAUCAGCCCAGGCACCUCCUUGUGGGUCACUGGCUGGGGCUUCACCAGGCAGGGCGGCAAGCUGGCCCAGGUGCUACAAGAGGCGGAGGUGGAGCUGAUUGACAGCAGCACGUGCAACGGGGCUGGGGCUUACCGGGGAGAGGUCACAGAGAAGAUGCUGUGUGCGGGCCGUGAGCGGGGCCAAACCGACACCUGCCAGGGAGACAGCGGAGGGCCCCUGAUGCACAGGGAGCAGGACCGCUGGCACGUGGUGGGCCUUGUCAGCUGGGGCCAAGGCUGUGGCAGCCCCAGCACCCCAGGCGUUUACACCAAGGUCCAGGCCUACCUCAGCUGGAUCCACACCGUUCGCCGGUCAGAGGCCUGAAAAUGGAUCGGCCCUCCUGGUGGGAGAGGCCCAUGCGUGGGAGAGAAAGGCUUUCUGUCCCUGUAGCCCCUCCUCUGAGGACACUGAGAAAGAAGGGGAGGAGGUGAAGGAGAGCAGCCCCCCCAGCAAGUUUCCAGAUGCAGAAGACACCCCCCUGGGUGGCUACAGAGUUGCCCUCUGCAAAGUCUCUGGGCUCAGCGUUGCUGGGGCUUUGUGCCAGCAGCCCUCCCGCCACCAGACUAGGAGCUGGACUGCGUCUGCAGACGGGGAGAAGCCACCACCUCCACCCCACGUCCGGCGGUCUGAGCGUACAGAAUGGGAGAGCCCAGGACACGUCAGGAUGGACUCCAUGUCCCAGCACUCCAUUGGCCGCUGUGCCUCCCCAGAGGCCUGCCUGGAUCAAGCCCUUUUUCUGGGCUGCUGCGCCUCUCGCUGCCCCUUUUCUCCUGGCAGGCGAUAGGACCGAGGCCAGGGCAGCUCGUCCCAGGACACCUGCCUCUUGCACCCUGGGCUGCUGUCUUCUCCCUGACCCCACACACCCA